AUGGACGAGUUCAAGGGCGAACAGUACGGGGAAUAUUUUGGCUCCAGUUUGACUGCCUGUGACGUCAAUGGUGACGGCAGGGAUGAUUUGAUCGUCGGGUCUCCGUUAUGGUCUGGUGACAUUGAAGAGGGACGUGUAUACGCUUACGUCUCUAAAUGCAAUAAGUUAAGAUGGAAUGAACAGCACAUCAAGGGCGAGCGACCAUAUGGACGCUUCGGCAGUUCAUUGGCCUGCCUGGGUGACCUCGACCACGACGGUUUCCAGGACGUGGCUGUUGGGGCACCCUACGAGGACGAUGGACGAGGGGCCAUCUAUAUAUACAGUGGCAGUGGUGAUCGCGAACUCUUCCUCAAGCCAAGCCAACGCAUAGUCGCCAAAGAUCUGUCUUUAGCACUAUGGGGUUUUGGACAUUCUCUGAGCGAACCGGCACGUGACGUCAAUGGUGAUGGCUACCCCGACCUGGCCGUGGGUAGUUUUAUGUCCAGUCACGCAGUCCUCCUGCCCAGCAGGCCCAUAAUUAAGGUGACCGUCAACCUGCGACGCCUAGCAAAUUCCAGCCUUUCAUUUAACUCGACGCACUUGGCAUUCGAGGCUUGUGCCAAAUAUAAUGGUGCCUAUGCCCCAGAUACCUUUGAUGCAAAUAUUUCUACAAUAUUAUUUGAAAUUUUUUGGUAUGGAGAAAUACCACACACAAAUUCGUAUCAAAAUGUAUUGCGUGCCUUAAAGCCAGAAACGCAACACUGUGAAGAAUUUUAUAUUCCACGAAACGGUUCUUUAAAAAAUAUUUUAAACAUGGUACGAGUCAAUGUGAAUAUAACUUGUGGACACGAUGAUUCCUCCCACAAUAAGUGUCCUAUGUUCCACACAGAGUCAAAAACAACCGAUAGUAUGCAAGCCUAUGCUCGAGACUGUGGCUCUGACGAAUUAUGCAUAACAGAUUUGAAAGUAAAUAUUAUGAGCAACAAUUUGAGCCCCAACAACAGCUAUACCAUUGGCUCGGGAAUAAACAUAUACCUCACUAUACUCGUUGAAAAUACCAAUGAGCCAGCGUAUCUGCCAGAGGCCCACAUCUUCAUUCCAGAGCCAAUCACAUUAGUCAAGAAACCUCCCAAUUGUGAAACAUCAGCCCGAACGAACGAGAUGUUGAAAAUAACUUGUCAACUUCAAAAUCCGUUGCGUCAAGACAAUACAGAUACUGUACUGGUUGAACUGAAUAUGGACGCAAUACAGAGCACAGAAAGAUUAAAAAAAAUUGAAGUAACUGUUACUAGUCAUAGUAAAGAAAAGUCCCUUGAUGACAAUUAUCAGUCAUUGAUCAUCAAUUUUGCUGUUGACGCAGAUCUCCAAAUUAUCGGAAAAUCACAAGGAAAUCAAUACUCGUAUGUGGAAAAUGAAGUGGACGAAAAAAAUGUCAAGCAUUUUAAUUUCUAUCACAUUUAUGAAAUACUCGAACUAGGUAUCACACCAACCCAAGAGGCUGUUCUUUUCGUUAGUGUUCCAGUGCGUUUGCAAGACUUCGACAUUGCAAAUAUAAGCUACGAUUCUAAAUAUGAUUGCUCAAUCAUGACAUCAUCGGUGGAAGCACAUGACUAUUAUGACGAGAAAGAUAAUUUUUUUAUGAAUUGCACGAAUCCUGAUGUUACCUGUCAAAAUCUUCGUUGUGAUUUUGGUUCUUAUCUUAAAACUACUGCAACCGAAUUUAUCAUAUCCAUAGACUUUCAUAUCUCAGAAGACAUAGUUGUAGCAGCUCAAUGGAAAAACAUCACAUACGUGAGCCAAGCGUACGUCGAAAUUGUCACGCCUAGUAUGGCAAUGGAGGUGACGAACAAGACUAAGCAUUUUAGCCAGGUAUCGACAGAAAUUUUCAGACGCCAUUACAACAUAUCCAUUUUGGUGAUCGUUUUGUCGAUAUUAUGUGGUAUACUUCUGCUGGAGAUAAUAGGCUUUGUACUUUACAAAUUUGGAUUUUUCAAACGUAAUCGAAGAAAGGAUACGCAAACCUCAAAUCCGAUGAGUGAACAACAGGAAAACAAAGGAGAGCUAGAACCUUCGACAUCAAAAAUGUAA